AUGUAUUACUUUUUGUCUAGACUGGAUAUAAAUAAGCUGAGGCGUAACAUUAACAAACGGAAAGCUAGUUCGUUGAAGAAGGACGAUCCAAAGGAACAUGAUGACCAAGCUGAAGGAGAAAACAGUUUACGUGAUGAUUACGAUAUUGAUAACAUCAAUUACUAUGAUAGUAAUUUUAUUGUGAAUUUCCAAGAGGAGGAGAACUACGCCCAUGUGAUGCAAAACACUAAGGAACAAAUGAAAAGUUUGAGAGAGUUACAUGAAGAAGGGUGCUUUGCAAAUACAAAGGAACAAUAUAAAGAAUUUUUACAAAAACAUAAAAAAAUUGACUUAUGGGGAAAAAAUGAGCAAGAGCAAAAGUUUCUGUUGAACUCGAAAAAUUCAGUUAACGAGAGGAGAACCUUUGAUAGGGAAACUGAUUUGGCCAUAAACAGGUUUGUAAAAAAGGACGAUUAUAGGAAAUUGAUUAAGCCGAAUUCAGAACAGGAAAAUCAUGCACAUUGCAGUUUUGUUUUCAAAUUUGUUGAUAAUUAA